UCCAGCAGUCACUGAAACAGACAACACAGGUGGAAGAAAGGAAGGAAGGAAGGGAGGAAGGAAAAGGAAAGAAAACUGAUGCUGGCACAAGUCAGGAUAGCUGAAGGAUGAUAGGAGAGCUGAACCUUGUCAGUGGUGUUGUAGAGUGAGACAAGUGUAACACAGAGACAAAGAGAGAGAGAGAGAGAGGAUGACAGAAGGUGUCCCUCACCCCAGCGUCCAGCCCCCAACUUUUGACGUCAGAGGCUGAGAGAGACAAAACAAGCCGCGCUCAGCUGAGCUCCUCACUCGAUUCCCACUCUCACACGCGCACACACCCUCCGACGCACAUUCAUCCUCAGACGUCCUCCUCAGACUCGCCACAACACUUGCCUCAAGACCUGCUCAGUCCUCAGCCGCUGUGCGUGGGCGCGCAGUCAUCUCCACAACACAACACUGCACUCUGGCAACAAGAAAACACUUGGUCUCCUCCCCCCCUCAGGACUGAAACACGCUUCGUCUCUUGUGAGGGAUGCCUGAUUCUGUGUGAAGCUGCCGACGGGAGCACACAGGGGAGGGGGGGGAGAAAGGAGCGCUCCGACUCCCGGCCCCCGACACAGACCCCCCGUCCCAAAAAGCAGCAGAUGUGAUAGAAGAGGAGAGGCGGAGAGAGAGAAACACAAUCUCCCCCACCCCUCCUUCCUCAUCUGGGAGAACAAUACCCUGCCUCCAGUUUGAGAGGGUCAGCUUUUGUCCCUCUCCCCACGCUCCCGCUCGAGAGCGAACAGCAGACAGACGCGCUGACACAUUGACCUGCUGCUGUGAGAGGAGAGGACGGUGUAAAACAGACACACUGCACACUGCUCAGUUUGAUUCAGUACUUGGACAGCUCCUGAGCAGCAACCGCUGGGACUGCGUGUUUCCAUGAGUGAGAAGAGACUCUGUCUGCUGAGGGACUGAAGCCGAUCCGGUCUGGAGACCCAAGAGCUACAGAUGCAGCCCCCGUGUUCGCUCCAGCUCGGCCCCUGCGUCCCCUCUCCGUCCCUGGGAUCGCAGGGCAGCACAGCCAGCCUCCAGCAGCUGGGAGAGAAGCAGCUCUUUGAGAAGUUUUGGAAGGGCACUUUCAAGGCUGUGGCCACCCCAAGACCAGAGAGCGUCAUUGUGGCCAGCAUCACCGCCCGCAGGAGAGUGGCUGACUCAGAAACAACAACCUGCCAGCCGCUUAAGACUGAUGAGAGGAAAGCGGCGGACACCAGGGUGGACGCCGCCGACAGAAAUGGCUGCAUCAAAGGAAAAGGACGCAAACACCACAGUCAUCGCAGGGUCAGGAGCCCCUCCUUUGAUGAGGAACUCUCCCCUCGGCCCAAAGGGAAGAAGAAGAAGAGAAAGUCUGAACGGAAGAGGAAAAGGAAAAGGUCUCCUUCCCACAGCCUGUCGCCACUGAGGAAGAAGAAAAAGAAGAAGAAGAAGAGCUCCAAGAAGAGCAAGCGGCAUAGGUACACAUCCAAGAAGUCAAAGCACAGCUCCUCCAGUUUAAAACAUAAGAGGAAGGAUGAGCGCAAGCGCAAGAAAAGUUCCCGGACUCACUCACGGCGGAGACGACGCUAUCGGAGGUCAGAGUCGGGCAGUUCUCCCUGCCAAUCUUCCACAGAGGACAGAAACCAUCUGCAAAAAUCUGUGGUACAUCAGACAUUAGGAGACCUGGCAGCUGCAGGGGAGCAGACCGAUGGAGUGCUCCACCACACGGACAUGAAGUGGAGACCCGCCACCAAAUCAGUGUGUAAAACGGCUCCAAAAUAUCGCUCCAUCCUCUCAACCGGCACCACCAUGUUGUCGUCAAAACCUGGAAGCGAGCUCUUACCCGGAAAAGGGUCUCAGCAUUUAUCGAGGCAGACCGACGGUCCGCACGAUUACGAUUCUGGGAAUGACACGUCUUCGCCGCCAUCGAGCAAAACCGGCGUUUCUCGGGCGAGUGUCACUGACAACAAGAGGAGCCACUGUCAACGCCUGGCCUCUCCGGAGAAGCUGAAGUUCGCUGACAGAGAUAAUGCCUCCGAUUCAGGAAACUCUGUCACCAGCUACGCGUCCUUAUGCAAACCUUACGGGGAGGAUAGCUUGUCUGCGACCCUGUUCAGUGCAAACAGCAAGAGAGAGCAGAUAACCUUGGGGUGUCGGGUAGAGGUCGUGAGACCUCCAAAGACCUCCAGCCGCUCACAGAGGAUGAGCGCUUCAUCUCGGAGGAGACUGAAAACCCGGGCGUCCAGCAGCAGGAGCAGGAGCAGAUCCUCAGGGAGUUCCAGAUACUCCGGGCGCUACUCUCGAAGCCCGUCGAUGUCAUCUUACAGCUCGUACUCGCGCUCUCCGAGUUACUCAGCCGACCUGAGGCGACGAGGCAGCGUGGCCAGCCUGAGCUCCAGAGGAAGCUACUCCAGAUACAGUGAUGACAGACUGCGAGACAGAAAGAGAACAUCGAGCUCCAGAGAGACGGAUGUGAAGCACGCGCAUAAGGUCAGUGGGAAGAGACGAAGACGCAAAUCCUACUCUCCUAUGAAGAAAAGGAGGAGAGAUUCGCCCAGCCAUCUGGAAGCACGCCGAAUCACAAGUGCCAGGAAGCGACCCAUCCCUUACUUCAGGCCGAGUCCUUCGUCCAGCAGUCGCUCCACCAGCGUUUCCUCCUGGAGCAGCCUCUUCACCCGCAGCCGCAGCCGCAGCCCGAUCCACAGCGUCAGCAGGAGCAGGAGCCGGAGCCGCAGCCGCAGCCGGAGCCACAGUUACUCCUCCUACAGGAGCUACAGUCGCAGUUCAUCCUGGAACUCAAUCUUUGGGACCCGCAGUCGCAGCCGGAGCCGCGGUUCGUUGCACAAACGUAACAAAACCAGGCAUUAAGUUUCCCAGAGCACAUUAAGGGACUGAAGCGCCGGCCGGGUUUCCACUUGAGACCAAGGACAGUGGAUGUUGGAGCAAUCGACUGUGUGUGUCUCCGUGCUCCGCUUUGACGCUUCAGUGAAAAUGUCCCAGCAGGGGGACACGGCCGCGGUUUUCACGAGGCGGUCUUGUUGGCUCUGCCCACAGAGACCACUGGAGACUGAAUGUCUUUCUGUUUGUUUGGUUUGUUCUUGUACUGCAUCCUCUUGCAUCAGCACUCACAAUGGCCUGCGACUGUUCAUCUCUUAGAUAUUUACAGUAGAAGCUGCACAAAGAAACAAAGAAACACUAUCCCUCUAUUACUCAACCAACAUCUACAUCUCUCUGCACAUCCCAUUAAAUUAUUCUUUUAAAUUUAUGCUUUAAAAUGAUAAAUGUGAUAUUUAUUUUUCAAGAUUGAUGGUUCUUUAAAAUGAAGUGUAAUGUUAAGGUUUAAAUGGCUUAAAUCCCAUUCAAUUUUUUUUCUUGCAAUAUGCAGAUUCACCAGUUAAAGAGAGAGUCUGAGAGAGGCCGCGUUUAACAGGACAUCAAACAUUUACUAUCCCGUGACAGUUAUGUGUGUCCUAGAUUUUGCACCAAUAAGUGAGGCGCAGAGGCAACAUUUGAGCCGUGUGAUCCAGCUGUUUACAAAUGGCUUCAGAGGGAUCGUUAUCGGGAAUAAGGAAAAAGGUUUUACCGCUCUGAUCUCAGCACUUCACAAGGUGAAGAACAAAACAAAAAUGAAACAGAGAGGGCGGCCCGACGACGAGCAAACUGCCUGUCAGCUCAAAUGUCAAAUUAAUUUGUCCUCUGAUCAAGUGGAAAACAAUUGAAAUGUCAGUCCAUGUAAUGCCACAGAGAGCAAUCACAACACUGCACAGGGACGGGGGACGGGUUCUUUUGACAAAAUGUUCAAUUUUUUUUUUUCUUGACAACACAUGACAAAUAAAACAUUGAAUGAAUUUGCUGUUAAGGUUAAAGAUGAUUUCAGAGCUGAAAUCCACAUCUCGGGCUGUUGUUACACCGUCUGUAUCAGUCUGGUUUUUGUUUAUCUGAUUCUUUCGAAGCCCAGGAUUAAAAAAAAAAAGCAGAACCUCGUCUGGUUGCAACCUGUUGAAAAUAAGCCUGAACUUACAAACAGCACCAAUUCUUGGUUUACUUGAAUAAUGUAUUCUUGCUACAACACUGGCACCAAACACAUAUAUCAACUGUGUUAUAUCACAACGUAAGGCCAAGAUUUGAAUUGUGCAGCACCAUACAUAUUUAUUACUUAUUUAAUAUUUAUUGGUUUGUGGUCCCUCUCAGUAGUGGUCAAUCUUUCUAUGCAACACUGUCAAUUUAUAGUUAUUAUGACACUGCUGUAAUUUAUUUUUGGUCUGUUGUAAAUUAUUUUGGCGCCUAACUCGCACAUAAACCUCAAAGUGGCAGCAGAUGUUGAAAAGACAGAGGAGCGGCAGAAGAGAUCCUUCCUGUCUGGCCUUUUGUUGUUGUUUGACAUUUUGGGAAAAAAUAUCUUCAUUCGCUUUUCUUUGCCGAGAGUUAGACAAGAAAAUCAAAACCACUCUCGUUUCUGUUUGCUGAAUUUGAAGCUACAGACAGCAGCCUGUUAGCUUAGUUUAGCAUAAAGUUUGAAAACAAGGGCUCUGUUGGGAAUAUCCACUCGCUGACUAUAUAGUGAAUCAAACAUUUUGUAGAGCUCAAAUGUAAAUUUUUGUCUACAAAGAAUUUCUACUACAAAAUAGUUGCAAGGCACAUCAAAAGGUUAAUGCACAGAAGAUGUACACUACAUCGAGCAAGCUCGACCAUCAUGCAUUGCGGCCCGUCUCGUGCUGUAGGUGAAGUCAACUCGCUAACAGGUUAGCUGCUAACAUUAGCCGCUGGAUUUGCAGUAUCAGGUGAGCCACCGAGGUGAACUGACAGAUGCCUCAUAUGUGAUGCAGAUGCAGAGCUAAUAAUUACAAAUAUCAGGGACAUAAUGAUGUAGCAAUUUAACUUCCAAGUAGAGUCUGAAAUGUAUCAGCUGCUGUCUGCACUUAUCCCUCAGCAAGUCUUCUGUGUAGUAAACUCUAUAUGGUGGGUGAGUAGAUGAGUGAGCGAACAAGUGGACAAUCCACAGCUAAGUAGUCCAGCUCUGUUGGAGGUAAAGAAACUGUCAUUAUAUGUAGUUUAAAACGACAAGUUGUGGUUUUGUGGUGGCAGACGUAACCCCUGUAAGACCACAACUUGAGGGUUUUACUCUUCCGUUCUGGUAUGGAUAAAGCAAACAAGAUAUUAUGAGUUAAUUAGUGAGCUUUUGAGCUGCUGUUUUUGUUGCCUUUGAACAGAGGCAACAGACGCUCUUCACAUCUGUUUCCAUUCUUUUUGCUAAGCUAUGUUAGCCAGCAGCUGAUCAUAGUUUCAUAUUUAUCUCUCACAGACACGAGAGCGGCAUCGACCUGCUCGUCUAAUUCUAGAAGAAAGCAAAUAAGCAUAUUUCCCAAAAUGUCAAACUGCUCCUUUAAAGUUGAUUUUCGAGGCUGCUUCGGCUCCAGAGUUUGAAUCUGCAAAGUUUGAAACUGCCUUUCCACAUAAUUAAGAGUUAUAUUUCUCAAUCAUUUCAAAUCCAUCACCCUGUCUGUGUGACUGCUCCAGGCCUGACAGACUGCUCUCUAUGCACUCAAUACUCUCAGCUUAUUUCCCUGAAUGUCAACUAAAUUGGACGAAUGAGGGAAAUAUGACGCCGGAAGAGGAACAAACUUGGCACAUGAGUCCCCCAUAAACUAUGAACUGAUGAUGACUCGUGUCACCCGGUGUUGACUAGGUGCCAGUGGAUGAUUUGUGCGGUCAUGUUGAUAAUCUUUCUGGACAGGCACCCGGGCCAGCGACCCCGUCCCCCCCACCUCACAAUGUAAAGUUUACAUCAGUUCUUGUGCAAAACAAUUUUAAAUAUGUAAUUACUGUGGUGACAAUAUGCAUCUGCAUUGUAUUGAUUAUACAAUAAGGUGUGGUUAUUUGAUUUACAGAAUGUGACUCGGGCCUUGUUGGAUGUUAUGGAUAUAUGACGCGUUGACCAGUGAAGUAGGAAAAUAAGACAAUAUGCCAGUCAGGCAUCAAUCAGUGGACUCUAGAUGUCUUUGUGUAUAAGAUCCCUCUGAUCAUGUCUUGUUAUUUUAAAAACUCCAAUAACAAGGUCAUAUAGCAAUAGUGCUCCUGUGUUUCAGUGUUAAAUUAUGCAUACUCUCCCCUUUUUAUUCCAUAGGAAGGCACAUAUUGCAAAAGCAUAUGUUUUUUUCAUACUGUCACAUUUUAUCCUGUGUCAGUCAGUGUGAUUUCCACAUUGUAAUAAUGUUUCACCUGGAAAUUGAAUUGUCCCUGCCAUAACCCCAUGAAAUCACCCCCCCAUCUCCCCCUCUUUCACUGCGUGUUCAGAAUAAGCUAUAUAUAAAAAGAAAAAAAAAAUCAUGUUCUGAAUAAAA